AUGAAUUUUAAUUUUGAUGAAUCAACUGAUUUGGCUGUUUGUGUUGAAAAUGCAUGGAAAAGAUAUGGCUGUUGGUGGAAGUCAGUAACAGUUCAACAUGGUAUAAAUGUGAAUGUUCCAACAAGGAUCAUAUAUGGUUUAUUAGGUCCAUCAGGAUGUGGUAAAACAACUCUUCUACGAUGUAUUGUUGGGCGAUUAGAAUUAAAUCAAGAUGAAGUAAUUGUUUUUGGUAAACAGCCAGGUGCACAUGGAUAUGGUAUUCCAGGCCGAGCUGUUGGCUAUAUGCCACAAGAAACAGCACUUUAUAGAAAUUUUUCAAUAUCCGAAAUGCUUCAUUAUUUCGGUCGUCUUCAUAACAUGAAACGAAGAGACAUUUUAUCUCGAGAAGAAUUUCUUAUUUCAUUUCUCGAUUUACUUCCAAAAUCAAAGCGAGUUUCACAAUUAAGUGGUGGUCAACAGCGUCGCAUCUCAUUAGCGUGUGCUCUUCUUCAACAACCUCAACUAUUAUUACUUGAUGAACCAAUUGUUGGAGUUGAUCCUUUACUUCGAGAAAGAAUCUGGAGUCAUCAUAUAUAUUUAUCGCAGACAUCUAAAACAACAAUAAUGAUAACAACCCAUUAUAUUGAAGAAGCAAGGAAAGCUAAUCGUGUUGGACUGAUGCGAAGUGGAAGAAUGUUAGCUGAGGAUGAACCAAACCACCUUUUAAAUCAAUAUAAUGAAACUAGUUUAGAAAAUGUUUUCCUUCAUUUAUGUUAUGAAGAUCAAAAUCGUAUCCAACAACAAACAGCAACGAAUAAUAACAAUGUUACUCAUGAUACCGACAUAUCCAACAGUAUUGACGAUCAAAAUUUUGAAUCAACUUAUAUUGCGGAUACAGCUGUUGAAGGUCUUCUGAUAACAGUCAACAAGAAACAAACCUCAAGAAAAAACUUUAUUGAUUAUUUUAAAUUUCUUGAUAUACAUAAAAUUUAUGCAUUAAUGAUGAAAGAUUUAACAUUGAUUAAACGAAAUAUUAGAUUUCGCUUUUUUUGUCUGUGUAUUGAUCAUAAGAUAUUUUCAAGUUUUAUUGAUCUUACAUUAUUUGAAGAAGGAUAUUUAGGUGAUAUUGAACAUAUUUCAAUGGCACUUUAUAAUGGUGAAGCUGUAAAUGGAUUUCCAACAGGAAAUUUAAGUUUACAACUUUUGAAUCAAAUAAAUCCUCAACAAAUUGAUAUUGCACCAUUUAAUGAUUUUAAUAAAGCCAUGGAUCUUGUUAGACAAGGGCAGUAUUGGGGUGUGAUUGCCAUUCAAGAUAAUUUUACACAAGCAGUCAAAAAAUAA